AGAGAGAGAGAGAGAGAAAUAGGGAAAAACGAGACGCACAAUUUACGAACGUUACCAUUUCAGCAAUUAACUUUUCGGACAAAAUAUCGAAUCGUACCACUCUUACCGAUUGUAAACACAUGUGCCACCGUUUGACAUAGAGCAACAAUGUUACUUUUUCAAUGAUUCUAGAAAAUAAUUGUGUGGGUAUAGUUAAAAUACAUGUAUAUAUAAUAAUAUAUAUAUAUAUAUAGUGUAUUGUAAUACGAUUUUAUUUGUAUUGUAAUCGAUGUAAGUACAAAAAUAUCGAUUAGAAAUGUGCAUAUUUAAAUAUUAAAAUACUAUUUGCACAUGUCAAAAGGUAGAUUCGUCUUAAAUGGAGUCAACAAAGUGCAAUUAGGCAAACAUAAGAUUCAUACAUGACACAUUUAACAUUUAAAAGUAUUGAAGAUGUAUGUGUUAUUUAAAGAAAAUUAUGAUUUUGAUGUAAAUUACAUUCAUGUUAAAACGUUAAACAGUGUUAUCAAUACUAAAUUAUAUUUUGACAAUAAUUUAAUUGAAAGUAAUUGUAACAGAUUUGUACUGUAAAGUGCAAUGUGUUUGAAUGGUGUUUUAUCAAGACUUUUUUAUUAUUACACUAUGCUUAUUUUGAUUUUUAAAUUAUAAUAUCAAUGUAAGGCAUUAAACGGAUCAAAAAUGGAAGCGUGGUGGUUUUCUCGCAUUGUUGCACAUCAUCCAUGCGUUAUUCUAUUGACAGUAUUUCUAUUUUCUUGUACGUGUUUAAUAGCUCCACGUACUAUUCAAAGUCUACCAGACUUUUCUGACCCUCAAUUGGGUUUUGAAGCGCGGGGUACUAUAUUAGCGCAAAGACUGACAGCAUGGCAAAAUUUAAUGGAAGCAACAAAGCCUAGAGGAGAAUUCACUGAUAAUCCUUUUGAGUUUAAUUAUUAUUUAGAACAAGUGAAACGACAGACUGACUCUAUUUCGCAAAAUUAUAGUUGGGCAAGUCAAGGUAUUCUUAGAAAAAAGCCUAAAAGUAUGAGCAGAAAAAAAGGGAAAAAAUACAUGGCAACUACAAAUGAAACGGAAAAAGAUACAAGUAAUGAUAAUAACAAAGAUGAAUGGAAAGAAUUGUCAGAGUUAAGAAGUAAAAAUCAAUUUAACAUCAUAGAAUAUGACAAAAGUCAUAAUAAUUUAGACAGCGAAAACUUUUUCUGUAAUUUACCGAGCCCUGAUUAUGCUCGUGUAGUUAUUGGUAGCACGGAUACAGAAGAGAAAAGUUUAUGGACCAUGGAAGGUGUAUUAGCUCAGUGUCAUAUUGAUGCAGCACUUAGAGCAAAUCCUCAUUUUACUUCAUUGUGUCAAGUUCAAGAGGAACAUAAUGGUAUCAAGAGUAAUAAUAAGUGUUGCAGAAGUUGGUCACCUGCUAAUUAUGUUGCAUUGUUGUCUAAUCGGAGUUCCUGUUUGGGAGUGACCGAGAAUGAUCUCAUUCGGGUAGAAGCUUUGUUAAGAAGAUGUGCUUAUUAUUAUUAUAAUUUAGAAUUAACUUUUAAAUGUGCGGAAGAUCCUAAUUGUCAGAAACGUGUACGAGCCGAAUGUUAUCAGCAUAACGCAGUUUAUCAUCUAUUACAUUAUCUUUUAGAUUUUAAUUUUAUUUCAAAUGAUAAACAUCAAUUUUUGAACAAGUCGCAUUUAGGAUUGCAAUCUGCGAUGUUAUUUCUCCCAAUGGCAGCCAGUUCAGCCAGUUUAGAUUUCUAUAAAGAGUUAAACAAUAAUGGACUAAGUUAUGGAAAGUUUAAAGUACAAGGCAUGCAAUUGGGAUUAAAGAGUACAUUAUUUGAUCGUCUUUUGGUAUCAAAUUUCAGUUUGGUUCUAACAGGAUUCGGCUUUGUAACCUUAUGCAUUUGGAUGUACACUGGAUCUCUAUUGUUAACUAUUGCUACAUUCUUUGCAGUACUUUUUAGUCUUGGUAUUUCAUAUGCAGUAUAUACUCUUGUUCUGCAAAUUAAAUUUUUCCCAUUUAUGAAUUUGCUUGCAAUUGUAGUCGCUGUCGGAAUUGGUGCAGAUGAUGCAUUUAUAUAUUGCAAGGUUUGGGAAUGUUGUAAACAACAAAAGCUUUCUAACGAUGGAUUACCAAGAUUAGUACAAGAAACCAUGAAGCAUGCAAUACCAUCUAUGUUUGUUACUUCAUUAACAACAGCAGUAGCAUUUUUUGCAUCCAUUGUCAGUAAUGUCACUGCCAUUAAUUGUUUUAGUUUGUUUUCAGGGAUGACCGUGAUCGCUAAUUUCUUUUUAAUGAUCACGUGGCUACCGGCAUGCGUAGUAGUAUCAGAACGUUGUCGAAUAACUACUUUGUCGCCUGCAAGUUUUAUUACAAGAAAAAUAAUUCGUCCCGUGCGAUUAUUUGCAGACAAAAUAGCUCUUACAUUUAGUACCUUUCUCACCAAAAUAGCAAUUGGUUUAAGAUGGUUUUGGCUUAUGAGUUUGGGUGCUUUAGCUAUAGCCUGUUGUAUAGUAGUUUUUUAUAAUCCAGGAUUACAAUUACCAGAUACUCCUGACUUUCAAUUGUUUGAAAGUUCUCAUCCUUUUGAACAAUAUGACUUAAUUUAUUCUCGACAAUUCUUGUUUGAAAAACGUGAAAUGAUCGAUGAUGGUGAAGCGUUACCAAUGCGAUUCGUUUGGGGUAUAAAACCAAUUGAUAAUGGUGAUUAUCUAAAUCCUGAUAAAAAGGGUAAGCUAGAAUUGGAUGACUCUUUUGACGUGUCUCAUCCAAAAUCUCAAUUAUGGUUACAACAGUUCUGCUAUAAUCUAAGACUUCAGCCUUUUUAUCGAAGUACAUUAGGAGCACUUCUUCAUAAUUGUUUUAUUGAAUCAUUAAAAAAGUGGAUGGAAAGACAUUGUGAAGAUCCUAUAAACAAAUAUAAUAAUUAUUCACCAUGUUGUAAGAAAAGUACUUUUCCUUAUAAACCAAAGGUAUUAAGAAAAUGCGCAGCAGAAGCUGCUGCACAUCUUUAUGACACCCCUUCUUAUUUGUGGCAUCGAGGUGGUCCUGUCUAUGCAGGUCUGAAAUUCUUGAAAAAACCAGUACAAAUUCCAUCGCAAGGAACAAAUGCAACGGGAUCUUUAAAGUUACCAGUGCCUAAAAUAAAGGCAUUAGUUAUAGAAUAUAAUAGUAUAUAUAACUAUAGUCUUUCGUAUUCUGAUAUGGAUCAAUUCUAUAAUCAAGUUGAAACUUGGAUGCAAAAACAAUUAAAAACAGCACCUCCAGCCAUGCAAGGAGGAUGGUUCGUUAGUGAAUUGGAAUUUUACGAAUUACAACGUACAUUGCAUGAGGGUACUAUUUGGGCUAUGAUCGUCUCGUUGAUUUUAGCACUUGCAGUAUUAGCAUUUGUGACACUGAAUCCUUUAGUUAGUAUGUAUGCAAUUAUAACUAUUGGUGCUGCUAUUAUAGUUACUGUUGCUGCUUUAAUUCUUCUUGGUUGGAAACUUAAUGUCCUGGAAAGUGUUGCAGUAUCUACUGCCAUAGGUUUGGCAGUGGAUUUCAGUUUACAUUAUGCUGUGAGUUAUCGAGCAUGCAACUCGGAACAAAGAAAGGAUAAAGUUAAAGCGACACUAAAUCAAAUGGGUGGUCCAACAUUGAUGGCAGCAUUAACAAGUGGAAUUGCUGGUGCUCUCAUGUUACCCUCUGAUGUAUUAGCAUAUAUACAGAUUGGUGUAUUUCUAUUACUUGUAAUGGGAAUAAGUUGGAUUUAUGCAACAUUAUUUUUAUGCCCAAUGUUAGCAGUUAUCGGUCCAUCAUCGCACUUUGCACAAUUUCAAUACCCAAGGGCAGAUCAUAAUUCAGGUGGUGGCCUUGGAACAAGCAGGUGGUUAGAAGCAAUUUGGGAACCAAGUGCUAAAAUUUAUACUCUUCCUGGUGGCGUUGAUAUGCUUGAUGUAAUCGGUGAUGGAGAUGCGCGUCUUAUAUCCACUGAUUUAGGAUCCAUUAAUGCUAAUUCGGCAAAGAUACGUGUUUACAAGGGUAGUGAUCAAGUAACAGAGCAUAAUAUGAUGGAUGCACCCUGUGGAGUUACUGGAUUUUAUACAGAAAACGGUGAACCCAGAUCAGCUGUAUUAGCAGCAGGAGCUAGUUCUAGUGUUUAUAUUUUUAAGAAUUUGAGACCAUUCUUUAAAUAUUGUUUACCACACCUCGAAGCCCAUCCUAAAGAGCGAGAAAUAUGGCACAAGGCUGGUCUCGACGAAGAAUUAAAUGUAUUAACAUUGGCUGAUGAUCUAGAUUCAUUGUUGAAAGAACUCGGUGCAACUGCGAUAUCUCCACGUACAUUAAAAUUUUUGACGAUGGAUGUGAAUUUACGUAUGAGUUUUGCAGAACAAUACAGAAGAGUUCCUCUGAUUAAAAAUAAUACUGUUACUGCACUCGGUGUUAUCAGAAAAGAUUCCUGGAAUGAUCCUGCUUGUAGUUGCCUUAUUAUAGGUACAGAAAAUAAAGAGAUUUUUGUAUUGGAUCCAAGAGCAUUUACCGUCAUGGAUAAACACCUCUUAAAGUGGCCACCUGUAUCUUUUGCAACUACUGGUUUAUGGGCAGGCGAUGGUCGAAUUAUGGUAAUUGGUAGAGAUGGAAAUAUUGGAGCGAUACGAAGAGGAAGUCCUGUUAAACUCUGGGAAAAACUUGAAGCUCCGAUCAUUGCCGUUUCUGUUCUCAGUGGUGAUGGUGCAGCAGUCGCUAUUAUGGAUGGAACGUUAUUAGGAUUUUCAAAAAAGGGUGUUAAAGUAUGGAGCAUCAAUGUACCAGGUAUUAUUUUAGACAUGGUAAGUUUGCCGGUACCACAAAGUGGACUUUCUUUGCUGGCUGUCAGUACGGUUGGAUAUGGUGUACGGAUAUACGAUGGUAAACACCAUGUUGACACGAUUAAAACGAUGGAACCUGUGUCUGCAAUAAAGUAUGGACGAAUGGGACAAGAAGAACGAACAAUGGCUAUGGUAACAAUCAAUGGUGGUCUCUGUGUAAAAAUAUUAAAACGAACUGCUGAUUUUAGUAUACAUAAUACAAUGUUUUCUGUAACACCAAACAGCAUAACCAAAUUUGUUAUACCGAAAAAGACUCGUCUUUUUGUUGAACAAACAAUAAGAGAAAGAUCGGAAGCCAAAAAAAUUCAUAAUACUUUUCAGCAAGGAUUUUUACGACUACGUUUAAUCAUCGCCAAAAACGCUGUUGAUCUUUUAACUGGUUGUGAAAAUACUGGACUUGAUCCAAUUUCCUUGGAGGCUAAUGUCCUUGGUUUAGGACCCAAUUAUCAAAUUCAAAUAUUGAUCACCAAUAUCUCAGAUGGAUUAUCCGAUAAUGGAUUGUUUAUUGUUUGUAGAGGAGAAAAUACCGAAGUUGAUCCACGUGUUGUCAACUUGCCUUUAUUACUCAGCGGUAUACCAAUCCCGAUAACUGUUGAUGCUAAAUUAACUAAUAGAAUUUCUGGCAAGGUACAAGUUUUACUUUGCAAAAAAGACAAACCAAAGCCUCUUGCGUUCACUAAUGUUAUUUUACCAGCUGCUGAAGAAGAGGUCGAAAUCUAAAAUAUAUUUUAAUUUAUUAUAAUUAUAUAUGUAUAAAUAUCUUUGAUCGAUGAAGUCACUUUUAUUAAUUCUAAAUAUUAAUGAUCUUUUCUAAAAUAUAAUUUAUCAUUGAUUAUAAGUAUACAUAUUGAGUAACAGCAAAUAUAAGAGUAUAUUUAUAAGUAAAAUGAUAUUAUUUUUUACAAAAAUAUGAAAAUAUCGAGAUAAAUCGAACUGAAUAGGCGGCAAAUGCUGGAUUUCAAUUAAAAUGUUAUGUACGCA